AUGUCCAGUUCCAAAAAGAAACCGAUUUUGGUGACGUGUCCUCAAUGCGAAGCCGUCGUACUCACUAAAGAUUCGGCUCGUCAUUCGGACUUUUGCGGCAAGCCAAUCGGAGAAUCCGACAUUGGAUGUGCUCGAAAAGGAGUCCUACGUGGAUUCAAUGUCCCCGUGGAUAGAGCCGAAGGAUUCCUGCCCCCAGACGCUGUCGGAUGGGAAAAGGUUAGUAGGAAUUAUAGAGUUUUCAAAUCUUCCCAUCGUUUUCCAGGAGCAUUCCAUCCUCGUCAACCAACAGACAAUGGAAAGUCUCGGAUUCCUCGCCCGGCAGCCCGUGAGAAUCCUUCACGCAGACGACGUCUUCAUUGGAAUUGUGUGGCCAUGCAAAGAAGUGUCACUUCUGAAAGUCUGCGUUAUUACGAGCAGAAUUCCACGCGAAAGAAUGAUCACACUGGAGUCGUGUGGAAGAGUGAAAAACGUGAAGACCUUGGCAGUUCAUCUGGAGACUGCCCUCACCCUUACACCGGCCCUCUCCGGAUUCCUCGAGGCGUAUCUCAGUCACUCGUUCAUUCAGUACGAACUGCCAAUCACUCUCAAAUACCUGGGUCAGCAAGUUAAAGUUAUUCCGAAAGAGCCGAUCGAGCAGAAAAUGGAACGGAUGAAGCUCGAAAAUCAGAAACCGAUCGUCGUUUCCACAGCCGUUGACUACAAACUUCAUGUCGUCAACUCUGAGAAUCCAGAAGAGAAGCUUGAGAAGAAGGAGGUUCCGAGAGAUUUGUCAAGAAUCGGAGGAAUGUUCGCUGCAAAACAAGUGCUCGAGGACUACGUGCUGGCUCCGCUCCGCCGGAAAGAAUCCCCUUGCUCCGUGCUCAUCUGGGGCCUUCCUGGAAGCGGAAAAACGUUGCUGCUCAAAGAGCUUGCUGCAGUAAUUUCGGCGACAUUUAUUGGAAACUGUGAGCAGCUUGCUGAAAUGAACGGAUCGACGACGGAGACCGUGGUGAUUGUGGAUGUGAACGAGGUGGAAAAGGAAAAUGCGAAGACGAACAGAGCGCUGAGCGAACUCUUGGCCGAUGAGAAAACGUGUGUUCUACUGUCCGUCCGGUCCUCUGAAUCUCUGGACAUUGGAUUCCGUGUCCGUUUUCCGGUCGAAGCCGAAAUCACUGUGCCCACUCAGGAUGAGCGUCUCGACAUUCUCUCCAGAAUCUCUCCACUGUUCGGAUUUCCCGCCGAACAUCAUCUGGAUGUUGCUCGUCACACUCACGGAUUCACAGGCGGCGACUUGUGCUCUCUUCUGAAGGCGUCAAAGUAUGCCCGCGGCGCAACGCAUCUGGAAAAAGUCGAGGACGCACGGAAGAGAAUUCGUCCGACCGGAAUCAGACAAUUCAUUCUGGAAGUGCCCAGUGUCUCGUGGAACGACAUUGGUGGAAACGAAGAACUGAAAUUGGAGAUUCAGCAAGCAGUCAUCUGGCCUCAGAAACAUCCGGAAGCAUUCGAACGAUUUGGAAUUGACCCGCCCGCCGGAAUCCUUCUUUACGGACCGCCGGGAUGCAGCAAGACACUCAUUGCGAGAGCACUCGCCAACGAGGCCAAAAUGAACUUUCUGGCUGUGAAAGGACCCGAACUGUUCAGUAAAUGGGUCGGAGACUCCGAAAAAGCCAUCCGAGAUCUGUUCGCCCGGGCCCGCCAAGUCGCUCCCACCAUUGUUUUCUUCGAUGAAAUCGAUGCGGUCGGAUCGUCACGAGGAUCAGAAAAGAGCUCGGGAGUCUCGGACAGAGUGCUGGCUCAGUUGCUCACAGAGCUCGACGGUCUGGAAAAGUCGAGCAGAGUAAUUCUUCUCGCCGCCACGAAUCGACCGGACCAACUGGAUAGUGCUCUUUUGAGACCCGGUCAGUUUUAGAAUCCUUUUGAAGAUCACACGAACGUUUUUGCGUGCAGGGCGUCUAGAUCGUGCCAUCUACGUGGGACUCCCGUGCGAAGCAACACGUCAGGCGAUUCUGGAAAUGCGAACGAGGAAGAUGAAGUUCGACGAAACGACGACGACGAUUCAGACGCUCGUGGAGAGGACGGCGGGCUAUUCCGGGGCGGAACUGGUGGCCGUCUGUCGGACCGCCGCCAUGUUCGCCAUGCGGGAGAGCAUCGAGGCGACCGUCGUGCAGUGGAAACAUUUCGAACUCGGUAACUCAGAUAGGUCUCUGACAUUCCGAAUCUAGUACAUUUUCAGCUCUUUCCGCAGUUGUUUCACGCACCGAAGCCUAUCUUCUGGAGAUUUACGAUGAUUUCAAAGCCGGCCGCACUUCGAAUGCAUGA